UUUGUUCGGCACAAGCUUCAAGUUAAAAAUGUUGCGGAUCGGUUUCCGCAUCAUAAAGUGAAUUUUUAAUUGUUCAGAGGUUUUUUAAAUUACAUUUCUAUUGUGUCUUCGAUUCGCGAGCAUAGACGAUUGCUUUUUCAUCAGUCCCAAAUACACUUUGCUCUGCUAUGGGACGAACAAAGGACAGCGAUGGUUCAGGAUCAGAUUCUGAUUCCAGUCGCGGGGGUAGCCGCAGUCGAAGUGGAACUCCUCAGGUUGCUCCAACACCUGGGUAUUCCCUAGAGCAUCACGAUUCACGAUCUAAUUCACCGCAGCUUCGUUCUCGUUCGCAAACACCACAUCGUAAUCCCAGCCCAUCAAGAUCCCGUUCACGUUCGCGUUCACGCUCGCUUACACCGCACAGAAAUCCGAGCCGAUCCAGAUCACGUUCUCAUUCAGCUGGCUCGGCAAGAUCCGGAUCUGGAGGACGGUCCCGUACUGGAUCCCCUGCAGGCUCACAUCGGUCCCGUUCAGGAACACCUCGAUCACGUUCCGGAUCACAGCGUUCUCGAUCUGGAUCAGGUUCACCUGCCGGCUCACAACGUUCUAGGUCGGGAUCACGAUCGCGAAGUGGAACGCCACAGAACCGCUCGAAAAGUGGUACUCCUGUUAACAGAUCGCGAAGUGGAACCCCAGGGGCUCGCUCUCACAGUGGGUCACGCUCUCGUUCCGGAUCACCGGCUAAAUCGCAAAUCAGUCGUCGGUCACGCUCACGAUCUAGAAGGUCUGGUUCUCGUUCUCCGUCGCAAGCAAAGUCAAACCGUUCGAAUCGUUCUGGCUCAAGAUCACGCUCCCGAAGCGCAGGCUCUAAUCGAUCUGGUUCCGCUGGUUCCGAAAUUGGAGAUAAACGAAAGCGAGCUAUUGUAUCAAGUGAUUCCGGAUCGGAGGCAGAGAAACGCAAGCAAAACAAAAAGAAGAAUAAAUUGAUUGAUUCUGAUUCGGAAGAGUCUGAUGCGGGGAAAGUUGAUGCAUCUAAGGAAAAUGUCACGGCAGAUGCUUUGUUUGGCGAUGCGGACGACAUUAGUUCUGAUGAAAAUUCGGAAAGGGAACGGGAUGAGCUGGACGAUCUAGAAGACGAACAGCAGAGGAAAAAGGAAAGCGACAGAGAGCGUUCUAGAAGCAGAAGUCGUUCGCGAUCUCGGUCGAGGUCCAGAUCUAGGUCUCGAUCAAGAAGUCGGGCUGGUAGUGAGCGCCGUUCUUCUGAUGAUGAACGUGGUGAAGGUCUUGCCCGAUUUGAAGAGCCGAAAGAACCCGAACCUGAGCCAGAACCAAUACCUGAGACAAGAAUCGAUGUCGAAAUUCCUCGCAUUGUGACGGAUUUGGGUCGAGAUUUGCAUUUUGUAAAGUUACCUAAUUUCCUUUCGGUUGAAACGCGACCGUUUGAUGUGGAAACCUAUGAGGAUGAAAUCGAUGAAGAGGAAACACUUGAUGAGGAAGGCCGACAACGUUUGAAAUUAAAAGUUGGUAAUACGAUCCGCUGGCGCAAUAACAUUGAUGACGACGGAAACGGAGUCAGAGAGACGAACGCUCGAAUGGUGCGCUGGUCUGACGGAAGUAUGAGUCUGCACUUGGGGUCGGAAAUCUUCGAUGUCUACAAGCAACCACUACAGGGCGACCAUAAUCAUCUGUUCAUCCGUCAGGGUACCGGUCUGCAGGGGCAAUCAGUAUUCCGUACGAAAUUGACCUUCAGACCGCAUUCGACUGAAUCGUUCACUCAUAAAAAGAUGACCAUGUCUUUGGCCGAUCGAUCUACUAAAACAUCUGGUAUUAAAAUUCUUACCCAAGUUGGUUUCGAUCCCGAUGCUAAUCGGAAGCAAAACAUCAAAAAGGAAGAGGAAAAACUUCGAAUGGCAAUGCGGGCGAAGCCAACUGGCCAGACCAAAUCGAGCGGCCGCAGCAAGAAGGAUUCUGCUGCUAAUGCGAACAGUUCAUACCAGCAAGACGAAGGCUCCGAUGAUGAGGGAGGUAUUUCGAUUGCUGCUAUCAAAAACAAGUACAAAGAUGACCGAUCCAAGCCGAAGCAGGGCGCCGCAAUCUAUUCGUCCGAUGAAGAUGGGUCGGAUUUGGAUAUGGGUCGCAAGAAGCGAAAUGAUGGCAAAAAGAGAGUUCUGAGAGCGUUGGAAAACUCCGAUGACAGCGAUGAAGGGUCUGAACAUUCGGGAUCUGGGUCCGGGUCUGGUUCGGAACACGCAUCUGGCUCGGGAUCAGAAGCAGCCUCGGGUAGUGAGAAGAGCGGUGGCGGUGCCAGAAACAAAUCUGGUGAUGAUGGGGGUGGCGAUGACAGUGAUGAAUAAUCUUUAAAAAAAUGUACUGUUUGUAUUCGUGAUGACGAUUCAAUAAAGCUUCAAUAACAGUAGUUCUGUAA